UUCAAGUCUAGAACUAGAAUCUAUCAAGUCAAUAACAAUGACUGAAAAUGGCAAGUCACAUGGCCCUGCGUCUUCCACGUGGCGUCUCUUUCGUGCGUUCUCUUCCUUCCUUUCUUGGCCCUCCUUCGUAUUUGGGCUAUCUGCCAACCCCUACUCCACCGCUGCUCAACACCAAGAAGAUCUUUAAUUCGUCGUCCAUGGAUAAAGGUUAUUCUUCGGGAGCAAAGGAGACGCCCGAGUAUAAAUCCUCUGGCGUAGGACCUGCUUCGGAUGAUAUACUCUCUCAUAUUCUCAAUCUAUAUGCAUCUAAGGCCACACCUAAAGAUUUUGAAAUCUAUGUUCCGGAUGCAACCUUUGAAGAUCCCCUUAUGUGUGCACACGGGGUAAAGCAGAUAAAAUCAUCAUUCUAUUCACUAGGCAAGGUCUUCAGUGAAUCAAGGAUUGUGGAUUACAGCAUCACAGAGAACGAUAUAUCACCUGGAAAGAAAGAGAUACUAAUUGAUAACAAGCAAUACUACAAGUUCUGGGGGAGGGAUAUUCAUAUGAUAUCUCUCAUCAAGCUAUAUACGGAAGGAGGAAAGGUCGUCCGCCAUGAAGAUUGGUGGGACAAGAAACCGCCACGAAGUCGGAAAACAGUUAAGGUACCGGUUGUUGGGAGGAUAUUUGAGCUUUCUCGCAGAGCGUCGAUGUUUGCAACCCAUGCUAUGAUGGGGUUUGGGAAGGAUCCACAUCCAACCAAGUAAAUGGCUCCUUGGAAAUGAGAAUGUAAUGUACUCUUAUGGUUGACAGUGACAUACAAACAUAUCGUUACAGUUCUAUCACUAGUCACUACCUCUUGCUGGCAAGAUGUUUUCAUUUACUUUGUUAAUGCUACUUGUGUUAAAUUGUUGUAUACAUAAGUGUGAAGAUAUAGGGUGGAUCAAUACAGUGUUAUAUACUCUGGCUUU